AUGUUUUUAAAUAAAUUUUAUCAGCCAAUUCAAAUUAAUCAACAAAAUAAUAUUAUAAACCCUUUCUGGCAGGAGCAACUCGUCAGAGCCGAAGCCAUACGAUCAUCCUCUUCACCACAUCAUAGAGCUAGAGCUGCUGCUUUGGCCCAACGCGGUCAACAAUCUUCUGCUAUAGCUAUCCUCGAUCCUUCAAGACGUAUAUCAACACCGAAGCAGAAUUCUGCGACUCUCAAUCAACAAUCACCUACAACUCCAAACGCUCAUCCAUCAGCUUCUCAUGUCCCUUCAAACAACUCUGACAAAAAGUCAAAUUCAAGCUGGAUGGCUUUGGAUAUGGGUGGAAUGCAAUUGAAAUCACUCUCACCAAGCUUAUUCACUUACCAAUUCGUAACCAACCUCUUCCUCAACCACAACAACCUCUCUUUUAUUCCCCCUGAAAUCUUUAAACUCAAUCAACUCGUUCUUCUUGACUUAUCAGGUAACACCUUGUCCUCUCUUCCACCUGAGCUAGGUCUCCUUUCUCGCCUUAGAGAACUUCUUCUCUUUGACAACAACCUCGUUUCGAUACCUUCCGAAUUUGGUUCCCUUUACCAACUCGAAUUCCUCGGCAUUGACGGUAACCCUCUCGCUGACUCUUUUAGGCAAUUGAUUCAAAAGGAAGGUACUCCCGCUCUCAUUUCAUACCUUCGCGAUUCUUGUCCUGUCACUACUGGUCCCCCUGAACGUGAAUGGCUUGCAAUGGAAACUGACCUUCCUUCUCCUAAAGAAGAUUCUCCUCCUCCUGAAACUUUCUCUUUAUUGUGCUACAAUAUCCUCUGUGAUAAGUACGCUACUUCUCAAAUGUACGGAUACACCCCUUCAUGGGCUUUGAAUUGGGAUUAUAGAAAAGAAAUUCUCCUUCAAGAAAUUAUGGGCUUUUCAGCUGAUAUUGUUUGUCUUCAGGAGGUUGACAUUGAACAAUAUGAAGAUUUCUUCUUAAAUCAUCUCUCUCACCAUGAUUAUAGAGGCGUUUACUCUCAAAAAUCUCGUGCAAAGACCAUGUCUGAGAAUGAAAAGAAGAGAGUCGAUGGUUGCGCAACUUUUUUUAAAGGCUCAAAGUACCAAUUGAUCGAAUCUGAAGUCAUCGAGUUCUCUCAAGUCGCUUUGCAGCGAUCAGAUUUCGCAAAGACUGAAGAUAUGUUCAAUAGAGUUCUUACUAAAGAUAAUAUCGCAAACGUCGCUUUGUUGGAAAACAUCGAAUCUGGCACGAGAUUAAUCGUUGCCAACGUCCAUAUACACUGGAAUCCCGAAUUCAGGGAUGUAAAACUAGUUCAAGUUGCAAUCUUAAUGGAUGAGAUUGAGAAAAUAUCAAAGAGAUUCUCCACUUUGCCACCUAAGUUGAACGUACAAUCAGGCAAGAAGGGACCAGUGUACACUGACAUGUCUAAGAUUCCUCUCAUUGUCUGUGGUGACUUUAACAGUGUUCCAAAUUCUGGGGUCUAUGAAUUCUUAGGCAAGGGACACGUUGAAAGGGAUCAUGAAGACUUUAUGCAUCACCAGUACGGUGCAUUUACCACUGAAGGCAUGAAACACAAGUUUGCACUCAAGUCAAGUUACGCAAACAUUGGAGAGCUGCCGAUGACAAACUACAUACCUGGAUUCGAAGAGGUCAUAGAUUACGUCUGGUAUACUCAAAACACAUUAUCUGUCGUUGGACUAUUGGGUGAAGUUGAUCAGUCUUACCUUAACAGGAUUGUUGGUUUCCCUAACGUACACUUCCCUUCAGAUCACUUGUCUUUAUUCACAGAGUUUAGAAUCCGUCCUCCAUCGCAUGUUACAGAUGUACCUCGACAGAAAUGA